AUGCUGCAAAAAAAAGAAUAUUACCGACCAAUUGAGCACAGAUCAGUGCUAGCUCUAAAAGAUUUUCAAGUUAAAAUCCUGGGUUUUAUCACUAGUAUUAACUUUAAUAGUCUGAGUAUGUCGUAUGGACGCUAUUUCCCACCUACGAUCAAGAUGAUAAAUUUAUAUAAAUUACAGGCUACGCAGUAUAUAAUCUAUCAAUUACAAACACAAUAUAUGCCUGAUACGAGUCUUUACUUAACAACAAUUGAUACAAUAAUGUGUGGUAGUCAGCAUCCUACAACUCCAACAGCUUUCUUUCCCAUUUUAAAUACAAUAAAAGUUUAUGACCACGCUAUGUGGACUAAGCCAGCUACAAAUUCGACACUUGUUAAUGGAUUUCUUACAGAAUGUACAUAUCUCGAAGCUCUUCUCGUGAGCACACUUGAUUGUUUAUAUGAUAGUCAAUGCAUUCAGACGUUGACCGGAUAUUUUCCAGCGCUGUCUCAAGUUUGUACAGCGAAAUUCAUCUUCAUCAUUNCUGUCAUUUUGUAUGGUGGUCUCAUCAUUAUUCUUCGUUUGAUCGCACCAUCCCUAAUCAAACUCUUCUCAAAAAUAGAAAAAUGUGUCACUCACAGAAAUGUUUACGUCAGACUACAAAACAUCCAUCCACAAAAAUUCAUCAAAUCAAUCAAACAACUGAACUUGUUCAAGAAUAUUGACAAACGAUCUGAAGAUGACAUCAAACAACAGAGAAUGAUGACACGUGUCUAUCUAUUUUUACUAGCAGGAUCAUUCAUGGUACUUCUCCUAUUUACGUCUCUUGAAACUGAAAUAAUAACGACAACUGCACCAAAUCCAUCUGUGGCAACUUAUACUAGCUUACAAAAGUCAUAUUCCAACACUCUUCGAUGUCCUUGUUCAAAUACGGCAAUCCCUUAUGAACAGUUCUUGACAUUAUCACCGACAUUGCAUCAAGUAUGUUCCAGCGAUUUCAUUACAAAUGGUUGGCUUACGAUACUACAAAAUACAUAUGACUACCAUGCUGAAGAUUGGCGAAAUCGAGCUUAUUCACAGUUUCAGUUGUUAUCCAAUAUUUGUGGACUGGCGAAGGACACAGUUAAUGUUGCUGUUCGUCGUUUUAUUGUACAAUCUUUAGUUGUUUCAAGUAUUCUGUCUGAAUCCGAAUUCAACAUACAACUGAAUGCAACACUUGAUCAAUUUUUUCUGUCUACCAUUCGUUCUUUUGGCUCUCUUAUCAAUAUAACAACGCUUCUUACACAAGUUGAUCAGCUCUACUUAGGCCUAAGAACAGCAAGUUGGAGUACUAACGUGGACCAAUUCAUGUCGUAUAAUACUAUAACAAGUAAUGUAACUGGUAAUCAAUCACUAAAGGCUAUUUUCAAUUCACAUGGAACUCUCAAUGUGAAUUUGUCAUCAGUCAAUUGUAUAUGUGCUACAAAUCCUUCCUGUCAAACUCCCGUUGCCAUUUAUCAAAUGGAUAGUAUUUGGAGUACUCGUAUUGCUACAUACAUCGUUUAUGUUGUGCCUGGAUCUGUUGGAAGUUGUUCAACAUUCAGUUCACUCAUGUUUUCACAGUUCCUGUGUUUAUAUGCAAACACUGAUUGUUUUUCUAUUGUAAUGAACUACGUGAAAAGCUCUUAUUAUCAAAAUGUGUUGAAUCCAACAUGGUUCGAUCCACGUCCUCUCAUUUAUGAUCCAGCAGAGAGUCGUUUUCCUCCAAAUACAACAAUUUCAUCCAUAGUACAACAGAUCAUGGUCGAAAAGUGGAAUCCAUCAUAUUCAUACAAUCGUUUCUAUCAAUUAUGUGCACCCAGCCAUUGUACUUAUUCGAAUAGGGUGCGUGUUCGAUCCAUCAUCGAAGUAAUUACAACUUUUGUAUCAAUGAUUGGUGGUCUUACCUUUGCAUUGGGUGCCAUCACACCGGUGCUGAUUGGAUUUAUGGAUGGUUUCUUACGAACUUGCGUUGGAAGACGUCAACAAGGAUUAGGCUAUAACUCUGUACUCAAUCUUAACAUAUUCUCAGCACGAGAUCUUGGAAAUAACAUUGAUCGAGCAACCACUAAAUACCUUGGCAAAUGGGCAACACGUAUUUAUAUUGUCUUAUUCAUCAUUGGAUUGUCGAUUCUGACUUUGUAUACCAUACUCAUACCUCAAACUAUUACAAAAUCCUUCAACAAACCAUCAUUCACAUCUUACAAUCAACUCAAACAACAAUACGGAGAUCAACUCAAGUGUUCAUGUUCGGUCAUUGCAUNAUAUUACUAUCCAUCCUUUGUUACCACCGGUGAUUUCAAUGGUGACAAUCGAGCGGAUGUUGCAGUUUCUUAUAGCGGUGGAAAUAGUAUUGGGGUUCUUUUUGGUUAUGGAAAUGGUACAAUGAGCUCUGUCGCCAAAUUUCCCACAGGAAAUCGAACAUACUAUACUCGAAUCACUGCAGCUGAUUUCAACAAUGAUGGAAUUUCAGACAUUGUCGUUAAUCCCACUUCAAGAUCAGUUGUUUUUGUCUUAGUGGGAUAUGAUUUCAAUAACGAUGGAUGUCAGGAUAUUCUUGCUUCGGAUGACACAGCUGGUGCUGUGUUCGUUUUGCUGAACAUCUGUGCAUGCCGAACAAAUCGAACAAUCUCGACAAACAUGUCUGGCAGUUAUUAA